AUGGCGUGCUGGACAGUGGCUGCCACCACUUGCCGGGUCACCCGUUGCGUGGGCGUGAGUGACGGUGUGAGCUGCCGGCGCCACAAACGCGCGCUCGAGGCGUUGCGGGUGUCUGCGUGGCGGCGUGGUUUGCGGUUGGUGGCUCUUGCUGUGCUCGCGGUGGUGGCAGCAGCCCUCUGCGCUGCGCCGCCUGCAUUGGCUGCCGACAACAAGGACCCCGCAACGAACCCGAUCUACCUACUGAACGCUACGUAUUCCCUCGACCCAUCCACUGAGAAAGAUGCGAAGGCGGUGUGGCUAGGCAUCGAUUCCGCGAUGUACGUGACUAACUACACGACUAGUAACGGGCGGCCGAUCAAGAUCGUGAACCCUGACCCAGCUGUCAGCAAGUCCGACAUCAUUGCCGUCGUGCAGAAGGCGCUCGAAGACCACCCGACGCUUCUUGGCGUGAUUGGACCGUUUUCUGACAUGUUGCUGUCGACUGUCAUGAAAAGUGACGCGUUUAAGGACAAGGACUUGAUGUUCCUGGCUCCUUUCACCGGGUCGAAUGCGGUGCGCACGUGGAACAACAACGUGUACUUCACGCGUGGCGAUCCGUGGACAGAGGUGACGAUCAUAAUGACGCACCUACUGAAGAAGAUUCGCGCGCGGCGCACGGCGUUCAUGUAUCUGACGGGUGCGCUGUUCGGCGACUCCGAGUUAAAGAUGGUGGAGUCGGCUCUGUCCUCCUUCUCGCUCGACCCGCCGGCGGUGUACUCGGUGCCGUACUCGACGAAGAACACUGCUGUGAACAAGAACGCCUUCGACGCGAUGGCGGACACGUACCCGCAGGUGAUCAUAGUCUGGGGAAUGCCUGGUGAGCAGGUUGUGAAGUUCCUGCAGGCUGUGCUGACGGACCCGCGUACGUCGUCGGCGUACAUCAUGACCUGCUUCGCGGUGCAGCGGAUAUUAUUCCAGGUGUACUACGAUCUUGCGAUGGCUGGGAAGCUGACGCCUGUAGACGGGCAGAUCAUGUCGAGCGCCACGUCCAUGCCGAUCCUUCAUACAGAGACUGAGCAUAUUGCUCUGUUUCGGGAGCAGAUGGGGGAGUACAUAAAGGCCGGCUACGUGGACGCGAGCCUGUGGGCCGACGAGGCGAAGGCGGUGCAGAAGUACGGUCCCCGGGAGCGUGAGGCGCCGCCGUCGGACUCUGAUGCAUACGUGAACAAAUUCUACAAAGAGCACCCAAGCACUGCGCAGCUGAUGCUUGCUGGGUGGCUCUCUGGCUCGCUGAUCGCGCAGACGUUGCAUGCAUCGCUGUGGACCGUGGAUCGAAAGACGUACAAGGCUGGACUCUUUGAUCAGAGCCGGUACGUGAUUGGCGGAGAUAUUGUGAUCGGCGACUACGGUGGCCCGUGCACCGCGAUCGCCAAGUUCCUGGGUGCUGUGUGCUACUGUAACCAGGGUGGACGUGCCUCUGUUCUCGAAGGUGUGUUCAACGCGGCGUGGGUGACCAUACCGCAAGCUGUCUUCAACUACCCGCAGUCUGCCUGCUAUCUGGACAAGAUUGCGCUGUCAAAACCGCUGAAUGUUCUGACGCUGAACUUCUCCGAUCUCCCGAAGCUGAGGAAAGCCGCUGUGGAUAUGGUCAAGGUGAUCCCACUUGCCGUCAGCAAACAGCGCCUGGACUUUUCAGCGUUCAAUCCGGCGAUGCUGAAUGUGACGCGGGAGACAGCGCAGGACGUGCUUGAUUGGGAGUACCUGAACUACUCCGUCGAUGUGGUCACCGGCCCGCUGCUUCGAAGCAUUGACUUGAGUGGACUGCUGGUGAUUUCUCCUGUCUUUAAUCGGCCGAACAUAUUGGUGAAAAAGGAGAACUACCUGUUCCUGAUGCCGACGCUUGAGCAGGAGAUUUACGUUUUGUAUUUGGAGUUGUUAUCUGUGAGGGCCGAGACGUCGAUUGGCGAAACUGUGAACUUUGUGCUUCACGAGUACACAAGCGCGGACGUGAGGGACAUCACUGCCGUGGCGCGGAAGACGGCCGCCACGUUCAACGUUCCGAACCCAAUCGUCAAGGCCGUCUCGUCGGGGACGUCUGUGCGGAGCUCGCUUGCGCCUGAUAUGAUAAACUUUGUGCUUGGGGUCACGGACGAUGAUGUGGACGUGAUCGCCAGCUUCCUGUCAAGGAACCCGCUGGCAAUCGUGGUUAUUUCGUUUGUGGACCUGUCGCAUGAAUACGAGAGACUCACCCGUGCCUUCUCCAAGCACUUCAACGCUGUGCAGGCGCGACUGAUGUCGUUCACUAACCUGCCGCUCUGGAGCGACACGUCGCCGGACUCUCUCGAGGCUUAUCCGUUGUUGAAGCUGUUCAACGCCAUUUUUCCGGAACCCGAGAACCACACGCCGGGCCUGCUGCGCGACCUCUUAUCCAUCGUCUUUAUCCAGGCUGUGGCCUACGGGGAUGGCGGGUUUGCUAAACCGACCUCACUCCACGAGAGCGCCUAUAAAAAGGGCGUCAUCAACGCGUACAGCGUGACCCUGGGCCGCUUUACGUGGAACUGCACAACCACCACUACCGGUCUUGAGUGCUUGUACAGGAACUACGGCGCUCAGAGCAUCGUGAUAUUGUCGAUGGAGCGGAUGCUGGACCCGACGGUGCCGCAGGUUUCUUCUCCCAGCACACCGACGAUGGAGUAUCGGCCACGCCUAAAAUUAGAUAAGUUGACGCCCUCGCAACGCAACGGCCUCAUUGUUGGCCUCGUUCUGCUCACUGUGGUCUUCCUUGUGGUUAUUCCCCUGGGCUUGUACUGCUGCAGGGAAGGCCGCGACAACGACGCCGCGCCGAAGGACGGUGACGAGCCGGUGACGCUGGUCUUCACGGACAUCGAGAGCAGCACUGCACUGUGGGCGGCGCUGCCGCAGCUGAUGACUGAGGCGAUUGCUGCGCACCACCGUGUGAUCCGGCAGCUGGUGAAGAAGUACGGGUGCUACGAGGUGAAGACGAUCGGCGACUCGUUCAUGAUCGCGUGCAAGAGCGCGCACAGCGCUGUGAGCCUUGCGUGCGAGAUCCAGACGAAGCUGCUGAGGUACGGCUGGGGUACUGCGGCGCUGGACAGCGCGUACCGCGAGCUCGAGCUUGCGCGCGUGGACACUCUGGACGACUACGUGCCACCGACUGCGCAGCUGAGCGAGGAGGAGUACGCUGCGCUGUGGUGCGGGCUGCGCGUGCGCGUGGGGAUCCACACGGGGCUGGCCGACAUCCGGUACGACGAGGUGACGAGGGGGUACGACUACUACGGUGACACGUCGAACAUGGCUGCGCGCACGGAGGCUGUUGCGAAUGGCGGGCAGGUUAUCGCGACGGAGGCGGCGUGGUGGGCGCUGUCGAACGACGAGCGCGCGGGCAUUGCGCACACGGCGAUGGGGCCGCAGGGGCUGCGCGGCGUGCCGUUCGCGGUGGAGAUGUUCCAGCUGAACGCUGUGCCUGGCCGCCGUCACGCUGCGCUGCGCACUGAGAUCGAGGCGAUCGUGCCGGAUGAGACAGCGACGGAGACGGCCUCGAGCGCUGCAGGCGCGCUGCUGUCGUCUGUGGGGACGAUGAACGGCCCUGCUGCUGGCGUUGCCUUCGUGCUGGCGAGCUGCUUUGCGCCGUACCCCGUUGCGCAGCGCGUGCGGGAGCUGCAGCCGCUGCUGGGCAAGUGGGGCGUUGGCGCGCCGCCGCGGAGUCGUGCUGUGAGCGAGGAGGACUACUGCCAGGGGCUGGUGAACCGUCUUGCGGUUCGCAUUACGACGGUGUCGCAGGCCCGCCAGCAGAUGCGCAACAACGAGGCUGGGGUGUCAGGAGAUAUACAGAACUUUAUCUCUAGUGGAUUGCUGAACCCGUUCCUGGGUGAGGGCAGCUUUGUCGCAGACGGCGCGAGGGCACGGCAUUCGGGGCUGACAGCGGUGCCGCCCUCUGCGGAACCGUCUGCGAUGCGCGAGUCGCGUCUCUGGAGGAGAUCGACGUUGAAUGGGCUGACACUCUCAAGGGGUUCAUCGAGUAAGAAGGGAAGCUUGAGCGUUAACACCGCGGGGUUCCAUGAUGAGGUGGUGCCCUUCACAGCUCAGGCGUCGCGGCGGCCUUCAGAGGAGCACAAUUCGCGGAGUGCGAGCGUGUCUUGCGAGGUGGUCGUUGUGCGAAUGCCGAUGAAGCUAGGGUGCCGCCGCCGCCCAAGCUUGCUGGAGCCGUUGGCGGAGGAUGUGACCGAUGAGGCGUAG